GCUUCGUCCGGGCGGAAGUUGGUUGGUGCAAGCGGAAACGGAAACGGAAGCGCAGGCGGAAGUGCAGAGAGUCCCGAGCGGCGCUCCGUGCAAACUGUUGCGUUGCGUUCAGCCAGCCACCAACUGGUGUUGGUAUCGUUGUCGUCGUCGUCGUCGUCGGUGUUUGUUUUAGUGGCAUUUAGUUGGCGGCUAACAAUUAGCAAAGUUGCCAUAGCAGACCGAAUUAUCCGACAAAUUUAAUGAAAAUGGUAAACAUUAAACAUUGAAGGCGGCACGCGGAGUGAAAGUAAGCCCUGAUAUGGCACAGCAACAGCGCAGCUGGGACGAGGGAGCCGUUGGCGGAGGAGCCUCCUCCUAUGGGCAUCCCCACUCCUCCCACCACAAGAUACCGGCUCGGGCCGCCAGUAAUCCGCUUCCCUGCAAGGGAGCCACUCCCAAGCUGCCCAGACAAUACCACGGCGCUGGAAACGCGGGCUACAGCUACGGAGGCUACGAGACGCCGAGGAGUCCCAAGAUCACUACCACCUUUGCCAACGACAGCUGUGACGAUGAGAGCAGCUCCACGCCGAGCUCCUACUACCAAACGCCCUCCUCCGGCUCCAUAGACGACUCCGCCUCCCUGCUCAGCGGUCGAACCACCGCCCGUAGUCCCAAGUCGCCGUGCCAGUUCGUCUUCGAUGCAGUGAGUCCAAGUCAUGGGCGGAAGUUUGAGUACUACGAGCCCAUCUCGCCGGACGACGGAGCUCUGUACUACGAUCCACCCAGUUCGCCGCGUCGUCAGGGCUCCAAGAAGCUGAUGCGGGCCAAGACGCCGCUAGAUCCGCUACCGCAGCUGACCACCACGGGGGUAGACGAGGGCAUGGCCAUGGCCAUGGCAAUGGGAGGCUCGGGCGGAGCGGGCAGAGACAACAAGCGGCAGCGGGACGAGUGGGAACUGCCCGUGAUCAGCAAGAUCGAGGCUCGGAACCUUAGUGCCGCUGCCUCGGGAGGAACUGGUUCUUCGGGUGGCAACUACUAUGGCAUGAAGAGAGAUUCCUGCGUCACCGACUGCACACAGCUGUCCAUGGAGUCCGGCGAGACGGGUACCCAGCACACAAACAGCACCAUGGUGACCCACACCACCACUAGCUUUAGCUUUACGGAGCCCGAGAUGGACACGCACCAGGAAGGAUCCGCUGCCGGGAGGCCGCAGUCGAACCGCCAGCGCCGGCACGCCAUCAACAUCACCUCAAAUCCCGGCUACCAGGUGCUGCACAGCUCCCACUCCACUCUGGAUCGUACCUGUUCGGACAGCGUGGUCUCGCUGCGCUACCGCAAAUCCACCAGUGACCUGACCCAUGACGCCGACCACGAGCUGAGCGGCUGCAAGCCGGCCAAGCCCAAGCGGGACGCCGCCCAUGUGGAGCACAAGCCACGCCGCAGGGGCAGCUCAAAGGGCGGACUGGCCUACCUGGCCAGCAGACGCAGCUCGCGGGAGUCGAUGAAGAGCGCCUGCUCCAAUGCCUCGAUUGUGUCCAACGACGACGUGGGUCCUUUGGCCUUCCAGAGCUCAAACCGGGGCCGUCAGCGCCGGACCUCCAAUUUUCUCGAGUUGCCAGUUCCCGAUCACAUCAGACCUCGGGUCUGCUCCCUCCCAGAGCGCCCGUACAAUCCCCGGGCCAGUGACGACCUCUACCGCCUGCGGCACUUCUCCAUAAGUAAGGGUAACGUGGUCAACUGCGGCGACUCGAUCAUCUCGCGGAGAUCGCGGAGCAACACCAGCGUCAACUCGACGAAUAGCCGGGCCAGCGAGCGGUCGCCCUUUGAGGGCAGCUGCUGUGGCGCUGGCUACGCCAACGUUGACUCCCUGCCGGCCUCACCGGACGACUCCGAGAACCUGGAGCCGCCGCCGCCGGCCAGAUACCGGGUGGUGAUGCUCGGCGAUGCCGGCGUGGGCAAAACGGCGCUGGUCAACCAGUUCAUGACUUCGGAGUACAUGCACACGUACGACGCCAGUCUGGUUUUAGACGACGAGUUCGGCGAGAAGACCGUGAGCGUACUGCUGGACGAUGAGGAGUCGGAGAUGGUCUUCAUCGAUCACCCCAGCGUUGAGAUGAGCGUGGAGAACUCCCUGUCCACCUACGAGCCCCACGGCUGCGUCGUUGUCUUCUCUGUAGUGGAUCGCAGCUCCUUCCGCGUGGCCGAAGAGAUCAUCAACUACCUGUGGCAGGAGAACUACACGAAGGACAAGGCCGUCAUCCUAGUGGGCAACAAGGCGGACCUGGCCCGAGCCCGGCUCAUCACCUCGCAGGAGGGCAAAGCCCUGGCCGCCUCACGCGACGCCAAAUUUAUUGAGACGUCCAGUGGCAUACAGCACAACGUCGAUGAGCUGCUCGUGGGCAUACUGAAGCAGAUGCGCCUCAAGGAGAAGCGGGAGAAGAAGGCCACCGCCUCCAAGAUGAAGACUUCGCGCACACACAUCUCCCUGCAUCUGGCCAAGGAGCUGCUGCAAAAGAUCUGUCUCAGCGACAUCUCCAAGUCCAAGAGCUGUGAGAAUCUGCACGUGCUGUAAGGACAACUAACAUGUGCUACUAGGUUCGUCCUCGCGGAAUGCAAGGGGGCGAAAUGAUACUGUGUGUAUACAAAGGAGAAUUUUAUCAAAAGAACGGCUGGCUGCCUGGCGAAAUAUUCCAAAUGCCAUUCGACGGGGGCACAGAUGUGUUCAUCUCCUUUGUCGGGCUUCGUUUAUUAAAAGUUUAAUGCCAGGUCGCAGUCUCGGUCUCGGUCUCUGUCUUGGUCUUGGUCUUGGUCUCGCUUUUUUCGGCAAGUCACUGGCUGUGGUCAGGCCUCCUCCUGCCCAGCGAUAAUCCGCUUGUUUAUGGCGGAUGUUUUGGAGUCUAUGUGCUGGGAUUAUCAUGACCAGACGAAGGCCGGGCUGAUAAGAGAUCCAGCGAGGCGUGUGCAGCCUCCACCCCGAAAAAUCUACAAAAAAAAACCAAGAAACAAUCGCUGAAAAUGGGGGCGGUAUUAUUAUCAGUAAAACUAUAUAUAAUAUUUAUAAGUGUAUAUUUACAUGUGUACUUGCAUAGAUGUGUUCCACUGAGAAAUAACUUCAAUUCCAAUAAUGCGCGCUGUCAAUUGAACUAAAGGAGAGACACUUAAGGUGCAACUCGAGAGGAACUUUAUAAAUGUUAAACGAGGCCAUUAUGUACACGUGACCUAUAUCCGAUAAGUGUGAGCUAUCCGUAAGUUAGGUUUAUAUAUUCAUGGUACCUUCGCCACCUGCUUCGCAAAAGAUGUAAUGAAAAUGAAAAUCUUCCAAUUGACGAAAAUCUCUCAUAUCGGAAUGACUGUUGAAUGUUGACUGUUGUUAGUCUAAGCCAAGAACAAAUACCGUUUAAUCAAAGUAUCCAACUCAGAAGCUAUAUUAUAUAGAUGUACCUAUACAAACGCUAGUCUCUAACAUAUAGUAUAUAUAUAUAUAUUUAUGCAUGUACUUGAAUGGAACUUCUAACACUUCUGAACUCAUACGCUUAUAUUUGAAAAAUACCUUUUACAAAAUGCGAGAGGCAAAAGCGAAAGCAAACGAAACUCUAACUAUUUUCAUACGCAAACUUACACAUUAGGGGGAUGAUGGAGAUUGGGAUGAAGGCCUGCCAGGAGCUGCCAGGAGCUGCCAGGCGCUGCCAGGAGGAUGUGUGGCCACCGGCUCGUCCAAAGUCGAGCACUCGACAGCUGUGCACUCAUGUUUGCUUUACCCUUUUCCUUCCGCUCCACGUGUCACGUCCUAUUUCCAGCCCCAAACCCAGUCCCACUUCCCUCCCUCUGCCUGCGUCGAGUGCACUUUAUCAUUUUUAACAUUUAGCAAACAAAACAGAGAAGCAAACUUGCUACGGCCAAAGUUUUAAUUUGCAGCGCAGCAUAAAAAACAAAAAAAGUGGCCGGAGGAUUCGAGUAUUUCCAGAGGCCACGCAUAGCAUCGCGCAUACGCCGCGUGUGACAAGGCCGAGGCUUUAAUUUGAUUCGCGCUAAACUUGAUUUCCAAAAUCGAAUCACCAGCGAGCUGUAAACGCCCACCGAAUUUAUUGUGUAGAAGCCGUUAAAGAACAUAAAAUGAAACAAACAAAACCAAACGAAUGCUAAAAUAAUAACAACUGUUUCUCAAAGGAAUAUUUUACUGCAGAUUUAACCUGGCUUAAAGCGUAUCUGUAACUGUAAAGACAUAACCCACUGCGUAUGACAUAUAUACAUUAUAUAGAUAUUUGUGUGUGUGAAGAUCGAUGUUAUAUAUUUAUAUUUUUCCAAGCCAAAAGCAGAGACAAAGGCCUAUACACAAAACGCUCUCGCAGAAAGCAAACUGAACCUUGUGCUGCAUAGUUUAAUCCACAAUUGUACACUUUCGGCUUGUCACCGAGAUGAGGCUGCAGAAAAAGCAAAUUAAUUAGAGUACACGGAGAUAAAAUCCGAUUUCUCCCUCGGUACAUACUAUAUAACGCUCCCUGCCAAUCCGAAUCCGCGUCCCCCCGCUGUCUCGAUCCCACAAAAUCCGAUAAAUAAAGGACAAGGACGCUCUGUAACUGGGUAA